AUGUCUCUUCUGAGGGUUAGAGAUGGGGCUGUGCCUGAGAGCCACGUAGGAAGAUGCUCAGAAGAGGAACCUAUAUGGUCAGCCCAGGGCGGCCCAGGUGGUUCCAGCACUGGAUUUGGAAACUUUGAGGAAAUUGGACCUCUUGACAGUGACCUCAAGCCACGAAACUCUACCUGGCUCCAGUCUGCCAGUCUCCUGUUUGUGGAUAAUCCUGUGGGCACUGGCUUCAGUUACGUGAAUAAGAGCAAUGCCUACGCUACGGACCUGAAUAUGGUGGUUUCGGACAUGAUGGUUCUCCUGAAGAGCUUCUUUGAUUGUCACAAAGAAUUCCAGAUGGUUCCAUUCUACAUAUUCUCAGAAUCCUAUGGAGGAAAGAUGGCUGCUGGUAUUGGCCUACAUCUUCACAAGGCUGUCCAGGAAGGGACCAUCAGGUGCAACUUUUCUGGGGUUGCGUUGGGCGAUUCCUGGAUCUCCCCUGUCGACUCUGUGCUGUCCUGGGGACCUUACCUAUACAGCAUGUCUCUUCUUGAUGACAAAGGCUUGGCAGAAGUGUCUGAGGUUGCAGAACAUGUCCUGAAUGCUGUAAAUAAGGGACUCUACAGGGAGGCCACCCGGCUGUGGGGAGAAGCAGAAAUGGUCAUUGAGAAGAACACAGAUGGGGUGAACUUCUACAACAUCUUAACUAAGCGCUCUCCCAUGUCUGCCAUGGAAUCCAGCCUAGAUUUCUUCCGAAACAACUUAGUUCGCCUUUGUCAACGACACGUGAGACACCUACAGGGAGACGCCCUAAGCCAGCUCAUGAAUGGUGUCAUCAGAAAGAAACUCAAAAUCAUUCCUGAAGAUUUCUCCUGGGGAGCCCAGGCAUCUAAUGUCUUUAUGAACAUGGAGGGGGACUUCAUGAAGCCCGUCAUCAGCAUUGUGGAUGAGUUACUGGAAGCUGGUGUCAACGUGACCGUGUAUAACGGACAGCUCGAUCUCAUAGUGGGCACCAUGGGACGAGAAGCCUGGCUACGGAAGCUGAAGUGGCGAGAACUGCCCAAAUUCAACGAGCUCAAAUGGAAGGCCCUAUACAGCGAUCCUAAGUCAUUGGAAACCUCUGCAUUCUUUAAGUCCCAUGAGAACCUGGCUUUCUACUGGAUCCUAAGAGCUGGUCAUAUGGUUCCCUAUGACCAAGGGGACAAGGCUUUGAAGAUGUUGAGGAUGGUGACUCAGCAAGAGUAAGAGGCCCUGGUCCUCACUCAGUGCUCCUAGAGGUGCUGGAUGCCGGAACUUCCUGAUCCAACGUGGGCUGUGG